AUGCUAGAGUCUCAAUCCCUCCGACCCUACCUGCAAUGCGUACGCAGCAGCUUGACCGCCGCGCUCACACUGUCCAACUUUGCUUCCCAGACCGCCGAGCGACACAACGUUCCAGAGAUUGAGGCCCAGACGUCCCCCGAGGUCCUACUUCAGCCCUUGACCAUCGCGCGCAACGAGAACGAGCGUGUCUUGAUUGAGCCCAGCAUCAACUCCGUCCGUAUCAGCAUCAAGAUCAAGCAGGCCGACGAAAUUGAGCAUAUUCUGGUCCACAAGUUUACAAGAUUCUUGACACAACGUGCAGAGUCCUUCUUCAUUCUGCGGAGGAAACCUAUCAAGGGUUAUGACAUUUCUUUCCUGAUAACAAACUUCCACACCGAGGAAAUGCUGAAGCACAAACUUGUCGACUUUAUUAUUCAGUUUAUGGAAGAGGUUGACAAGGAGAUCUCUGAGAUGAAGCUAUUUUUGAACGCUCGAGCACGAUUCGUGGCCGAGUCUUUCCUUACACCUUUUGACUAA